CCAACCAAACAUUCCCCAGCAUCAAGCAUCAAGCAUCAAGCCAAACACCUCACCACCACGCCCACCCACCCACCUCCCCUCUCCCCCACCAUCACCAUCGCCACCGUGACUAUGUCAGGCCAACAAAUCGACCUAACAACGCUCCCUCUCGACACGUUAGCGCAGGUCAAAAAGCAGCUGGACGACGAGCUCGAGCACCUAACCACGUCGUUCACGAAGCUACGGCAGGCGCAGACGCGGUUCAAGGAGUGCAUCAUCAGCGUCAAAACGGGUGUGAACGACAGCUGUGCUGGCAAAACGCUCCUCAUCCCGCUCACCACGUCCCUAUACGUUCCGGGGGAGCUCUCGUCGACCUCGCACGUGAUGGUGGACGUAGGCACGGGCUACUACGUCGAGAAGACGACGACGGACGCCGUAAAGUUCUACGCCGCCAAGGUCGACGUGCUGUCCAAGAGCCUGAUCGAGCUCGAGAAGGUGGUCGCCCAGAAGGGCCAGAAUGUCAGGGUCGUCGAGGAGGUUAUAAGAAGGCGGGUUAUGGAGCAGCAACAGCAGCAGGGCCAGGGAGGGGAGGAGAAGGCGUAAGAUGUCGCGAGGUCAAGGGAGGGGUUUGCUCGUGAGGGUCAUCAUGUGCUGGAGGUGAAUGGACCUGAACUGAAUGGAACUGAACUGAACGGCUUUAAGGAGUGAAAGAGUAAUAAAAAAA